AUGGAUCUAUCGAACGAAUCCAGCGCCUUCGGAAUCUAUGAAGAAAUUCCGGAGACGUCAGAAUCAGUAGUGGAUUACGAGGAUUAUGAGAUGAACAUUGGUGAAAUGUCAUAUUGCCAUAAGCCGGCCGAUUUGGUUGAUGGGCAGUAUGAGAUGAAUACAGCUUUGGAAACAACAUUUUGUCAAAGGGAACAGAAACGUGAAGUCCAUGCGUCGACCUAUAGACGCGGGCCGCCUUUCAAAUGCGCUUACUGCGAAAAAUGCUUUGUUACACGGAAUCUUUGUGACACGCACGAAAUGAUUCACAAAGAGAUUGCCGAAGAUGCUAAAUUGUUGGUUCUUGAAGAAGAGCAUCGUGGGCUCCCAUCCUUGCUGGUCAACGAAACGAAGAAGAUUGCUGAAGCCGAAGAUUCUCUGCAGGCUUACAUAUGUCCAAUUCCCCGAUGCGGUUAUAUUAGCUUGGAUUCGUCACAGGUGGAAGCCCAUCUGAAGUACAAUCAUAACUAUCCAAGUGUCUUCACUGACAAUGAGCGAACGUAUGUGAAUCAAGAUGAGCACUUUUCCAAUAAUAAUGACAGCACAACAAGCGAUGAUCCACAGCUUAUGAAUGAAGAAACGCUGGAACUAGAAGAGUCAUUUAUCUACUAUCAGACGCAAAUAGGCAGCGAAACACCUUUAGAAGAGAGUGUCGAUGAAGUUGUGAUGGCGAGCGCGUCGAGUUCAAGCGAGUUACCAAGUGUGCCGUUGGAACAAGAACAUGUAUCAGACAUCAAAAAGGAUACACCAAUGUCAUCAACCAACCUCCGUCUAUUUGUUGAUCCUCGGCCUCCAGCUCGCGGUCGUUCCGGUGAAAAAUUACUUGCAGUGAGCAAGUGCAAGGAAAUAAUUAUGGAUCAACGAUAUUUCGAGAUGGUGAGCCCAAAGCUUCCGUCAAAAAUUAAGGAUAGCAUCAAACCGGCUCGUAAUCUGAAUUGGGUCAUUGAGGCUGUGGCUCGCGGUCUGGACAUUGAUUCAGCGAAUCCGCACUGCCGUCGAAAGCCGACUACAUGGCUAUGUGAAGAGUGUGAUCAAAUCAUUAAAUAUCCAAGUCGGAUUGCGGCUCAUCGUCGAAUGCAUACCGGUGAGAAACCGUACAAAUGUGAAAUUUGUGAAAUGCGUUUCUCUCAAUGCACGCCGAUGCGAUUACACGUACGAAGGCAUUUGGAUCAGAAGCCGUUUGUGUGCAUGAUUGAUGGUUGUGGAAAGCGAUAUGUGUCUCGCUCGAUUUUGAAUAAUCAUCAAAAAGAUAAACAUCUUGGGCAAAUGAGUAGCUUCUAUUGCAUGAAAGGGUGUGGAUCGACUUUUGCCAGUUCUCAAGCCCGGUUUCGCCAUGAGUUCUUAUGUUCGUUUGAAGCGCUUCCUGAACAAGCUGCUUCUAUGGUUGAUGGGGAGAAUGAUGAGUCUGAGAGCACUCAACAGACAUUUCAUGAUGGCGAUGAGGAAGAAGUUUUUGUUGAUUUUCCUAACUACGAUGAAGCAAUGGAAUACGAUCAGCGACAUUUUGUU